CCAUUAUACUGUUCUUGACUUCCAUAAGCACCGGCUAGCAAUGUGUUUGCAUCUACAUGAGAGUUAUGCUUUUCUUCAGAACCACUGACUGGAAGCGUCUAAGUCAACUCUCUCUUGGUAGCUACGUCUGUCUUGAGACGAUUCGCUCCAGUCGUUUGACACCUUCCUUCCAUGUUGAAUGUAGCCUUCAAGGCAAGUAAGUGCUUGAUGGCUAUUCUGGUCCACCGUCACGGGCCCGGUUCAUCGGACCGUGUUUGCAGCUGCCUCCCGUCUUGUUAUCUCUCACAGCUCAAGCUCUCUUGCUCAUGCCUUCCAACCGGCCUGCGGAUGGUCUGAGUUGAUGAAGGCGUGCCUGCCUUAUUGAUGUCUUUCAUACUCAGACCCUCAACUUCUCCUCUGUUCUUAGAUCCAGGCCACCUCUCUUUCUCUUCUAUCCUCCGAUCCUCUAAGAUUCGACAUCUCCCUCAACACCUCUUUUGGUUGUCAGUUGUUUUAUAGCCAUUGCUUCUCGCUCUUUGUUCAAUCUGUUUAUACAAAGCUCACGCAGAGCCCAUCUGCCCCACGCUGCCUUCGCAUCUCUAAAACACCGUCUCUUUGAGUACGGCCAGAAUGUCUACCGAAGAGCGAGCUCCGCUCUUGUCGACCCGUCAAGGUCUUCCUGUGGCCAACAGCUCCUCGACCGUUCAGGACCAUCCCAUCUUUCUUCGAGUUUGCCAUUCCCCAUGGCCAUGGGUUAGCCAAAGCUGUCUGGUGUACCUUCGCGGUCUCAUCUUCUGCUACCUCACUGGCCUCGCCGGUAUGCUCUUGCGAUACAAAUUUCACCACGAAUAUCCCCACAAUGAGGCAAAGCCCAAUUGGCAUAUCUUCUUCGAAUUUGCCUCAAUGGCCUAUCUCCUUUUCUGGCUUUAUCAACUCAUUACCUUUUGCUGGAGCUUUACCCAUCUCUUUUUCCCCGACGUCGACGAGGAUGACAACAGCUGGGAAUCUGUGCUUUUGUGCAAGAUGUCUCCACCUCUUCAGACACCAAAGUCCCGCAAGCGCUUGUACUUCAGCAUCUUCUACACCAUCUCCCAUGUGUUUGUCUUUAUGAACACGCUCAUUUACUGGUGCAUCUUGGUGCCGAAGGGGUACGGUCACCUUCCCAAGGGCAAGGAAGGCGAGCCGGUCUCGGAUUCAACUUGGAAGGAUUUCUGGGGCCACGGAUGGUUCGAGCCGUUCUGCAUUCUCAAUCUCUACCUGGUUACUUCGCUCAUUGCCCUCUUCGAGAUCUUUGUCUUGAAUAGCAUUAAGCGCCAGGUCCCUGUUCCUGCGCACGUUAUCGCGACGGUAUUCUUUCUCUCGGCUUACCUUGCCUGGGCCGCUGUCGGCAAGUGGUUCACCGGCUUGUAUCCAUUCUUCUGGAUGGAUCCCGAGAUCAUGAAGAAGACCGAGUACAUUGCGUCGUAUGUUGCAGGAUUCUUGGGCCUUGGACCUACAGUCUUUUCCUUCAUGUAUGGACUCAUUGGCAUGCGCGAGAACAUGACUCACAAGGAUGACGGGGACAAGAAGCAGCCUGCCCACAACAGGUCGCUCUUGGACGAGUAAACAAGGCGACAAGGCGACAUAUCGGACUAAGUCAAUUUCUGUUGGUGAAGGAGGGGUGACUCAUGUGAGGGGAGGUGGUGUUUGACAUGCAUCGUUAUGUUCUUGAUGGAAGAUUGGUAUUGUCAUGACUGAUGUGGGGGAUCCUGUCCGGUAGUGUACACUAACGCAAGUUGAAACAAUAGAGGCAAUCAUUGACUUCA